UAUUUCCAUCAUGGCUGAACAGGAGAUCUCGAUGAUGAAAACACACGUGGAGACGCUGGCGACUAUACCUGUCAUAUUGCCGAAUGAUCACACUCCUGAUCCUGCAGAAUUGCCUAGGAAAAUAAUGCCUUUUCCUAUUGACCUACCACCACCACCUGUUACUUCCUCUGGAGCCCAGGAGGGCGUACCUGAGGUUCAACCACCCAUCAAUAUUAUUAUCCGUUCCUCCAAGCCGCCUAGAUCGUUUACGCUUAGCGUUCAUCCAACCGACACGAUCUCCGCGAUCAAGGAGAAACUGGCUAAUACCGAAUCCACUUCACCUCCUGCCGAUGCUCAACGUUUACUGCUAAAGGGAAAAGUGUUAGCCGACAAUAAGCUUCUUCAAGAAUACGAUGGGAUUGAGGAUAGAGUUGUGUUGAAUUUGAUGGUGAGAUCUGGCUCAACACAGAAUACAGAAGAACGAGCACUCCCAGCGAGAUUGGACACCAAUCUACCCCAGCUUCAUGCGCCUCAGUCAACCCGUUUACCUCAUACCCGUUCAAUGUCUGGAGCAGCCGAUCAAUUCCCAGUACCAGCUCUAACGCUCAGCCAGCCACCUUCUCCAACGCGUGCCGGCUCGCCUUUGAGCGGCGGCAAACUCGGUGUUCCGCUCGACCUCAUCAACACGGAUAUUCCUCCACGUCCUUCCAGCCCUCGCCCGAUGUCCGCCACAGAAAGCUACGACGAGAUUAUUUCAUCUGUGACUUUUUGGGUCCAUUUGAAGGAGUUCCUCGAUAAGGAGUUCGGUGGAGAGGAACGAAAUUCGAGUGCAGCGUUCGAGAUGUUCUUCCUUGCCAGCAAAGGAUCGCUGACACCUCACGAGAUUGCAAAGAUCCGAGAUGUCGUUGGGGUUAUUGGAAUGGCUGGCACGUGAGGGAUGUCAGAGAUGAAUUUCUUAGGGCCUCUUAAUUUUUACAAUUGGCGAGGGAGGCAUGGCUGCAGAGUGAACAUUGUAGGACAAAGAGGAGAAAGUCUGAAACCCUUUUUAAAAUCUGAUUCGUAUUAAAUCCGAUUAGGUUUUAGUAAAUAAUGGCACACCUCUUUUCCCCGAUCGGCGUGUGUGUACCACCAAGAUUGGGACACAGCUAGCACAGCCACAAAGCGUGGGGGCGAAGGUUGCCGACCUCACUGGUAACUAGGGGGAAUAACUAGCGUCGUGUAAGCGCUGGUAGCAU